AUGCCAGGAGACCAUGUUUCGGCUCAGAUUCUUCGAGGACGUGGUAGGGUUGGCGGAGAUCUACAGUCACUUCCGAAGCAGUCGAUUGGCCCCAGUUUCUGGCUCGACCAAUCUACCCAAUCCCUUCGAGUCGGCGUCUCCAACGCACUAAGAGGUACCAUAACCCACGCAGUUUAUGCUGUACGAUUAUCCCAUCUUCACCUGUUCUUCACACCGGACGACGGGCCGCAUCACAAACAGCUCAAGUCGAACAAGGCCGGUCUUGUAGCCCAGACAACUGGUUUCAGCCGUCCGGUAGAUACUGGUCUCGAAAGACGUCUCAACAAAGCGGGUUGGGUCGGUCUGUUUGCCGAAGGAGGGCAAAAGGGAGGAGAUAAGACUAAUCAGGUGCCGAGGCCAAGGUUUCUAGAAUACCGAAGGACUGGGUCUUAUGGACAAGGCAAACGACUGCCCGACCGCCUGACUGACAGAACAGCAGACUGCCCGAAAGUCUGA